AUGUUGGAACCCACAAAGCCGUACUUUGCAUUGUCUAAAUUUCAAGAUGAAUAUGCAGUUCGUAUCAUACACUCUGUUGUCAAUGAGAAUAUCACAGAAAAUUUAGCAGAUUUUUACAUUCAUUUAUCAAAUAAGCAAACAAAGAUGUGGAUGCUUCAAUGUACAGGUUAUGCAAUUAAAAUAUGCACAGACAAUUUAUUUAUUCGAACUUACGCGUUUUAUCUUCAAUUAUUCGAAAAAAUUGCAAAAAGAUACGUUGAAACCGGAAAGUUUGAUGAAGAAACACUUAGACUAUCAAUUCUUCACAUGUCAAAUAUCUUUUCGAACCCUUCUUUCACUUCAGAUUCCAUCAGAUUAAGAUUACACACAACUAUUAAUAAAUUUUAUACAAAUACUGAUAUACAAUGGCCAACUAACAUAAAGAAGCUUAUACUUGACUUUCUUUUGUACGGAGCCAAAUCUUUCAAAGAUAAUUUUGAUAUUUCAUCAAAAUACGGAAAUCUUGCACUCGAUUUACUAUGUAAAUAUGAUCCACCACAAAUAGAAGAUUAUGACUACUUUUCUUCUGUUUUUGAAGAGUUAUUUAAAUACGAUUUUUUCCAACUCGCUUGGAUACAGAAAUUCGAGCAGAUCUACAAAGAAAACAUUAGACUAAAAUCAAUAGGAAGCGAAAAACCCAUCAUGAAGUACUUUAUCAAGCAAAUUAAUGAAAAAUUGUCUCGAAAUUUCCAAACUUUGGCCUUUUGGAAGGUUAUAAACAAUUUGACAAUUAGUAAUUCGGAUAGAGUCAUUUAUUCCAAGCUGCCAAUCCAAGAUGUCUGCGAAAAAUUCCUUUCUUGGUUUGAUCCGAAUAUUGACCUUAAAUUCUUGAACAUGGAGAACUUUUCUUCAUUCCAUCCUUUGUUCAAGCUGGCAGAACAGUCAAAAUACUACGAAUAUGAAGAAUUGGAUGCAAAAGUCGAUAAAUAUAUCGAAUUUAUUCUAAAAACGCCUCCAGGCAAAGAAAAUCUUCAGUUUUGGCUGUUCCCUGUUCAUGCUAACGACUACAUUCACUAUUGGCCCAGAAUUGAAGAGUUUUUGGAUGAUUUCAGAAAUUAUUUCCAAAGAAUAUAUGAAAUGAUCAUGGAUAACAGCAAAUUCCAUUCAAUUAUUUCGAGUUUCUUUGAAAAGGUCGACCAAUCCAUUCAAAAAACUAUAGAAAAAAUAAAAUCCGAAAUAAUUGUGAGUACACUUUCAUUAAUCCAUGUUAUAUUCAAGUCUGAAUGUACCAAUGAUGAUUCCAUUAAGAAUAUCAUCUCAGAACUCUCCAAAAAAUCACAAUCAGCUCAAUUAUAUUCUUGGUUCAAUAUUUUAUCAGAAAACCACACCAAAGAGAUCCUUCCGAUCGAUACCAACCCAUGCUCAUCGAUUUAUUUGGUUAUGAUCGCGAGUUCCAUCAACAUUUUAGGAAAAUCUUUUUAUCAAGAGCAAAAAAGGAAAAUAAAGAAGAUUAUCAAGCACUACAGUUCCCUACUUAAUGAAUCACAGUUUACCCAUGUAGAUGAAAUCGCCAGAGUCAUUUUUUCCUUUUAUCAAAUCGCAAUUUGCACUCCUUUCUUUUUCGACCAUCCAAACGUGUACCAGGAGAUCAUCCACUCUAAUAUAGCUCAACGACAGGAUCCAACAAUCACUUCUAUCAUAGAUAUGUUUAAAUUGGCGGUUUUGUCGGGCCAAAGAUCCGAAAUUGACAUAAAUGAGUUGUAUUCAAAUUCUAAUGACUUUAUGUACGCGACUCCUCAAUAUAUUAUUUCGAUUUCGAAAAAUAACUUCGUCGUGAGGCAUGGAAUCGGAAUAAGCAUGUUCGAGGUCGAGGAGUUGGUUCCUUAUGAUAAUUUCAUAAAGGAUUCGACAAAACUCGAUGAAAAAAUUCCAAAUCAACAAAUUUCUCAAAUUUCAGCUUUUUCUGACCAAAAAUCAACCACAAAAGAGAUGGAUGAAGCUGACAGACUCGAAUCUUUGUUGAUUGACACUCCAACAGAGUUCAAAACCUUUAAUUAUCAAAAUGAAAUUAUUGAUAACGAACAUCACGCUCACAGGCUGCUGUCAGACCUAAAUCUGAUCUUGUAUCGAUCGAAUACACUCAGAAGACUCGAUGAUUCAAAGCUAAUUCCAGAAUUAGACAAAAUUAAAUUAAAUUUCCCGAUUUACAUUGUACAGCUCACAAUGGAUAAGGAGAUGCCUCGAUUUGGAUUCGUUCCUAGUGAUUUAAGAGGAGUAUUCCUCAAAGAUCUGUCUAAUUCAAAAGAUUAUUUAAAUACUGCCUCCAUUUUAUAUAAAAUCGAGCUUGACAUCAACAUUGUCAUUCCUGAGUACAUAAAAACGAGCAAAAGCGCUGAUUUCGUCCAAAAAGUUCAAGAAUUUCGAGAAUUAAAUCCUGUUCGUUCUCCAAUGAUUGUAGUUCUUAAUGAAACAGGUCUAGAGAUGAACAGUUACUCAGCGAUAUUCAAUAAUUUCAACGCAAUUGUUGAAAUAAUCCCUAAUUUCGAAAACUUUUCGUAUCCGUAUAUUGUGAACAUUACAUUUCAGAAUGAUGUCCUUGAAUGCGAAGAUUUACAAGUAAACAAAUUUUCAAUACCGUGUCUCAGUGAUGGAAUUUCCUCAUUGAUCAUGAUGUUGACAUCGAUAAUGACUACGUCGAGGAGUUGCCUUCAUUGCGGCCGCGGAAUUGGAAGUUUCUUCGAAAGGAGAAAGAAACUGAUCUCGAGCAUUUUCAAGGGAGGGCUCUGCGGAAAUACACAGUUUAUUGCGAAUGUUGCUAAAACAUUAGGCAACUUUUAA